AUGGGAAACAUAUUUUCUUACUGUUUCACUUACAAGGAAGCUUCAGAUCGGUGGAGCGAGGAGGAAGAAGAAAACAAGCGCCAUGAGCAACGAGACAAAGCUUCAGUUGACAGAGUCAGCGGCCUCCCAGAUCGGUGCAUUUAUGAGGAGGAAGAAAACAAGCACCAUGAGAAGAGAAACAGUACUAACUUAGCUGACAGAAUCAGUGAUCUCCCAGAUGAUAUGUUGCAUCUCAUACUCUCGUUCCUACCUUUCAAAUCCGUCGGGCAAACCAGUGUCUUAUCUCGAAGAUGGAGUCAUGUAUGGUCUUCCUAUCCCAUCUUUGACUUCUACGACAUUUUUACUGGUAAUGAAGUUCUUCAUCACCAGACGAGAGCAAGGAUCAUAAACACAGUAUUGGCUCGCCAGGACGAAAACUAUAAUAUAAUGUGUCCAUGCCUCAAAAUUCCCUUCCCAAGCGGCAGUUUAGGUCAAUUUCGAAGAGUUGGGGAAGAUCCAAACGAUGCUUGUUUUGCUAGGGUUGAGCAACUAGUACUGGACAUAUCCUUGAGUACUGAAAACACAUAUGUUUUGCCUCAAUGCCAACUUAAGUGCCAAUCACUAAGGAGUAGUAGCUGUGGGAAUUCAAAGGCAUGGCUAGGGUUUCCCUCUUCUUAUGUUGUUUGGUCUUACCUCCUUUCACUUCAAUCUUUGUCUCUAAGUCGUAUGGAUUUCUUGGAUAGUAGUCAUAGUACUAGCGCUUUGGAUGUGGAUUUAUUUUCUGGUUCUUCUUCCCUUGUCUCGAAAAAUUGGAGAUAG